AUGGCUCGUUAUGUUUUUUUAGAAUUGUUUCCAUGGAAAUUGUCGAAUAUCAUGAGUUAUGCAUGUUCGGCGCUUGUACGACACCAAUACGACUCAGCGGCUGUGGAGAAGGCAAAUCCUUCUCCUCAACUACCACUUUGUAAUCGACGUAAACGCCGACGUAUAGAGGAGAAUCCAAUGCAUUCGAGUAACAAAAAAUCUUUAGUUCCAUCAGUUAACACUUCUCAUUUAACAUGGAAACCGAAAACUUAUCAUCGUCGGUGGGAUGAGAUAUGGAAUUACUGUACUAAUAACAAAUGUCCAUAUGUUCCUGCAUCUGCUAUGCAGUUACUACGACAUCUGGAACAAGGUCAUCAGGAAUUUGUUAAUAUUAAUCCGCUUGUUGUGCUUAUAGAAACACGUCCAAAAAGCGCUGAAAAUAAUGGCAGCAUGAUAAAUCUUGCAAUAGAUUAUGGUGAUUACCUGAUGAGUCGUUUUUAUGUCCCCCUUGCAGUAAAUAUGUCCAACUCGUCUUUAAGUAUGCCAGAAUACUCUUGUUCUGUAUGUGGUCGGAUUAGCAAGAGUCAGAGGGCAUUAAGUAAUCACCUUGAACGGUGAGUGUAUACAUACAUCUAAUAUACUCAUUUUUUCGAUUGAUAUGUCAGUUUGUAAAAUAUAUCAUCCUUCAACAUUUUGUUCUAGACAAAAGCGGUUCUUGUCAUUCUUUU